GAAAACGUAAAAUUAAAGCACUUAAAAAUAAAUAAUUCUAGGAAAUCUUCAAAAGCCUAAGCCUCUUCAAAAAUUUUCGAUAUGACUGAAUAUAUUGAGAGGAUAGACUUAAAGAUUGUAAAAUCAGAGUUACAAUCAGCUAUUUAUGAAUGUUUUGACAGAGGCCUCGAACAAAAUGCAAAAUGGUUAGCUGAUUUAAAUUUUGGUCUUUCAUCAGUGCCUCUAGACGAUGUUGAAAACUCAAAACCUGUAAAGCACGAUGAUAGGGCUGCAUACAUUUUGGGAAGGAUGUAUUUUCAAUGUCAAGAAUAUGAUAGAGCAGCAAAUAUUUUGGAACCAUGCACAGAUGAAAAGGCAAGGUUUUUAUAUUAUUAUUCUAAAUAUACUUCAGCCGAGAAGAAAAAGAUAGAUAACCUGAAUGAACCUACAGUAUCCUCAGCUUACAAUAAUAAUAUUCAUAAAGAAUUGUACAAUAUGUUGAAGUUAGAAAGAGAGACCAAUAGUUUAGAUGGUUAUUGUCUUUAUCUAUAUGGCAUAGUUCUGAAAAAAAUGCAAUUAAAUAGUCUCGCUGUUGAUAUUUUAAUGGAAUCGCUAACCCUUGUACCCACAUUAUGGGGAGCUUGGUUAGAACUUGCACCACUCAUCACAAAUAGGUUACAAUUAAAUUCUUUGCAAUUGCCUUCACACUGGAUGGUACCAUUCUUCUUGAUUCGGGUGCAUCUCGAACUCAUCCAGAAUGAAGAAGCCAUUGAAUUGCUUAGUGCACUACAAAGAUCUGGUUUUGAUAAAUGUAAUGAAGUGUUAGCUCAAUUAGCUGUUGCUAAUCAUAAUUUAAGAGAUGUAGAUAAAGCAUUAGAGAUAUUCAAAAAAUUAAGAAAUGAUGAUCCAUAUCGACUUGAUUCUAUUGACAUUUAUUCAAAUGUGUUGUAUGUAAAAGGCUUAAGAACUGAGUUAGCACAACUUGCACAUGCUGCUGUAGAUAUUGACAAAUAUAGGGUUGAGACAUGCUGUAUUGUAGCUAACUAUUAUAGCAUCCGUCAAGAACAUCAAAAGGCAAUUUUAUACUUUCAGCGUGCACUAAGGUUAAAUCCCCAUUUUCUAUCCGCUUGGACACUUAUGGGUCAUGAAUUUCUAGAACUGAAAAACAUUAAUGCUGCCAUUCAUUGCUAUAGAUCUGCCAUUGAAGUUAAUAAAAGGGAUUUUAGAGCAUGGUAUGGUUUGGGUCAAACCUACGAUAUUCUUAAAAUGCCUUUCUACUGUCUGUAUUAUUACAAACAAGCACAACAAUUGAUGCCUAAUGAUAGUAGAAUGCUAACUGCUCUGGGUGAGGCAUAUGAAAGAUUGGAACUACUACUACAGAAUGCAUUAAAAUGUUACUAUAAAGCUCAUAAUGUUGGGGACAUUGAAGGGAUGGCUUUGUUGAAAUCUGCCAAAUUAUAUGAAAAGUUGGGAGAACGAGACAGUGCUGCAGCAGCAUAUACUGAUUUUUGUUUAGAUGAAUUCCGACCGGAUAAUGUGGAUUUACACAGUGCUCAUAAGUUUUUAGCAACAUAUCAUGCUAGUAUAAAUCAGUUUGAGAAAGCAAGUCAUUAUGCAUUUAAAUUACUUACUCUGGACACCUUGCAGCUUCGUUUGAGACAUACAUCGAAUGUCUGUUUGGCACAAUCCUGCAUUCUCCGUUAUACCGCAAGUCGUACCAGCUCGCGCACCGAAAACAAUGUGCAUUCGGUUCUUUUCAAUGGCUUCGGCCAUGUAAUCUAUGGCUCUCAAAUGCGCACAUACUGA